UCCGGCGGCGCGCGGGGCGUGAGGCCUGUGGCGGUCGUUAAUGGCGGACGCCGAUCCCGCCGCCGCGCUCUGAGCCGCCGCCGCCUCCCGCCCCGCCGCCGCCCUCAGCAUGUCCGUGGUGCCGCCCAACCGCUCGCAGACCGGCUGGCCCCGCGGGGUGAACCAGUUCGGGAACAAGUACAUCCAGCAGACGAAGCCGCUGACGCUGGAGAGAACCAUCAACCUGUAUCCUCUGACCAACUACACCUUUGGCACCAAGGAGCCCCUGUAUGAGAAGGACAGCUCCGUGGCAGCUCGCUUCCAGCGCAUGAGGGAAGAGUUCGACAAGAUUGGCAUGAGGAGGACAGUGGAAGGGGUUCUGAUUGUCCACGAGCACAGGCUGCCCCAUGUCCUGUUACUGCAGCUGGGUACAACCUUUUUCAAGCUACCUGGUGGUGAGCUCAAUCCAGGAGAAGAUGAGGUAGAAGGGCUCAAACGCUUAAUGACAGAGAUACUGGGCCGUCAGGAUGGUGUUCAGCAAGACUGGGUGAUCGAUGACUGCAUUGGCAACUGGUGGAGACCAAACUUUGAACCUCCACAGUAUCCCUAUAUCCCAGCUCACAUUACAAAACCAAAAGAGCACAAAAAGCUUUUCUUGGUCCAGCUUCAAGAAAAGGCUUUGUUUGCAGUCCCCAAAAAUUACAAGCUGGUGGCUGCACCGUUGUUUGAGCUGUAUGACAACGCACCAGGAUAUGGGCCCAUCAUUUCCAGCCUCCCUCAACUUCUGAGCAGGUUCAACUUCAUUUACAACUGAAUCCCUGAGGAGGUGACAGAAGCCGUCUCUGUGAGCACAGCUUUCAAACGUAGAGCAAAGAAUCCAGUGACACCAGGAACUGUUGGUUUGAUGUCCUUCUUUCCCUGAAGGCCACUGAAACUUUCUACUGGAUGAAUAGGAAAGUGAACCUUGACUGUUUAGGUAGUGGGAUGGCAACGUGAUCUCAAGAGUUUUAGUCACUUUUCAUUGUAACACUCACCCAUUUCUUUUGUACAACAUUAAACAGAAUGCCUGUG